AUGUCUCUGCUAGACAAAUUCAGGAAGGGCGCGCAGAAGGCGGGCAUACAAGCGACGGCAUUCGCCCAAACCAGCGGAAAUAAGAUUGCGAGUGGGUCCAGAGACCUGGUGCAGGGCUUCAGCCUUCCAGGAGAAGCUGAGAAGGCAGCUAAGAUUCUGGAUAGCUUCUUAGCGGACCCUGACCGACCCGAGUCCGCACUCAACGCCAUACCAAAAGCUGUUUUGCAGUCCGCUCGGGGUCUCGCUAUAUUCCAAAUUCUGAAAGCCGGCUUCGUAUUUUCCGGCAAAGCGGGCUCAGGCAUUGUCAUUGCCCGACUUCCAGAUGGCUCAUGGUCUGCGCCGUCAUGUAUAGCGACUGGCGGUGUCGGCUGGGGACUCCAAAUUGGCGCCGACAUCACGGACUUCGUUAUCGUGCUCCGCAAUGAGGACGCUGUCCGUGCCUUUUCACAGGGCGGCAAUUUCACAAUUGGCGGUAAUGUGAGCGCGACGGCUGGGCCAAUUGGAACUGGUGGCAGCGUAGAAUCCGCCAUUGCGACAGCGCCGACACCAAUGUUCUCUUACUCGAAGUCUAAGGGCUUGUUUGCGGGGCUUUCGCUGGAGGGAACGGUACUCAUCGAGCGCAAAGACGCCAACCGCGAUUUCUACGGUUCUCCAGUGCCUGCAAGGGAUAUUCUCGGUGGCCGAGUACCACCUCCUGAGGUUGCGUCUAGGUUAUAUGAGGUUAUCGAGGCAGCAGAGGGCCUUGAUGAGACUGGGUUGCCGCAACAAGCAUAUGUACCAAACGCAGAUGGAGGCCAUGAUCACAUGGUAUUUGACGCGGACGGCCACUGA